UAAUUAUCAUAACCAUCAAAUAAAAUAUCAAACACAAUAUUAUUAUUAUUAUUAAGAUGACAGGCACUGGUUCCCCUUGUGGUGCUUGCAAGUUUUUGAGAAGAAAAUGUAUUAAAGGUUGUGUUUUUGCUCCUUAUUUUUGCUAUGAACAAGGUGCUACUCAUUUUUCAGCUAUUCAUAAGGUUUUUGGGGCUAGUAAUGUAUCUAAACUCCUUGCUCAUAUACCUGUGAGUGAUCGAGGGGAAGCCGCGGUCACCAUAGCUUAUGAAGCUCAGGCUAGACUUCAAGAUCCAAUUUAUGGUUGUGUUUCACAUAUCUUUGCUCUCCAACAACAGGUUGUUAGUUUACAAGCACAACUUGCUUCAUUCAAGGAACAAGCUGCAGCUCAAAACUUGCAAAAUGGUUCCAAUUAUAUUGCAAACCCUAAUUAUGACAAAUUUCAAGAUGUUCAAAGUUGGUUUCAUCAUCAGUAUGAAAAUCCAAACACUAUGCCUCAAUUUGAUCAUUCUAGUCACAAUAAUAUUGGAUUGUCAUCAAUCCCAUAUUAUGGAAGUCAUGAUGAAAACAACAAUUACAUCAUGACAUCAAAUGAUCAUAAUUACCAUAUGGGGAAUAAUUAUGAGAAUAUUAAUUUGGUGGUUCCAAUUAAGGAAAAUAUGUCAAGUUUUGAAGAGGGUGGAUCUUUCUCAGUAGAUUCUUCUUUUGACCACAACAACAAGCAAUGGACAUUUCAAGAUGAUUUUGAUGACCUUCAGUCAGUGGCCUUCAGAUACCUUCAACAUUCUUGAGUACUACUACUAGCUACUAUUCAAUUUUUUAGGGUGAAGAUUGAUUAAUUACUAUGUCAAUUUUGUAUUGCUAAAAAGAGGCUUUUAUGACAUGACAUGAUAUCUGCUAGAAACCCUAGAAAAUGUUCAAAAAUAAAUCAUAAGCCUAGCUAUGGUUCUGCCUACAAUUGUUUUUCUU